AGAUCUCUGCAUUUCUUCACAUGUGCCUAUUGUAAUGCACUGGGUUUAAACCAUUAGCUGGCGCCUCUUCUACAGUGAACCGCUGAAUGACUGUUGCGCAACUAUGCAAAUAGGCAUUUUUAAAUCGAAGAUAGGUUCACUUUAAAGCAUAUGUUUACAAAAAUAAAUGGUCUAACAACUGACAAACCUAAGGUGUACCAGGGUGUGCGGGUAAAGACCACUGUCAAGGAGUUGCUUCAAAAGCGCAGGGCACUUCAGGCAGCUGAAUCGAGGAAAACACAAGCUGUGACGACUCACGACGUCUGUUCUGCACCAGUGACUGCGGGCCAACUUGAUAUUCUCUGCGGGAGUUCGGCACAGGAUGCUUAUUUUCAACCUCGACAGUUUGCAGAAAGCGUGCAUAUGGCCAUGGAGGACAUGUUUGAUGAUCAGCUGCUGAUGAACAUGGUUCCUGCAGAGAACUUCAGCUCCAGCACUGCUUUGGGUGCGACUGCUCCUGUGCAGUGGCCCCACGGAUACUACCCUUCAUGCACGGACUAUUACAAUAACAGCUUAGCUUCCAGUUCACCGCCACACUCGUUCAGUCAUUCCAGUUCGGUUGAUUAUAACAGCUACACGCCACCCGAGUCUCACUCCUCGUCCUCCUCGUGCUACAGCUCACCGACACGCAUGGACAUGACCUCCAGCUUCACUUCAGAAAAUUACCACUACCAGCAUUGCACCCUGCAGCACUGCUUUUGCCUCUCGCACUGGCCCAGUCUGCAGGAUGGGACCAUGGCCGCAGAUUAUACACUUCCUCACUACAGCGCCUCAGACUGUUAUUACCAAGCUCUGGGAGAAGAAGCUUACUGUAGAAGAGAUUCCUCAAGUUCGGAGCUGUGUUACUUAUAAGAGCACUUUGUCUAAACAUUGUUUGUACAGCGCCAGAAAGCAUUUCAAUAUUUUUUCUUAUUUUAUUUAAUUUUUUUUUUGUUUUGAUCAAAAUCUUCAAAAAAAAAAAAA